UUGAGACGCUGUAUGUCAAGUGAUUAAUCGGUGUUAAUAUUAUUCGAAAACCUCAAAUUCAGGAUCGGUUUGAUGUUUCUAUAAUAUCCUAAAUUCGCGGAUAUUCUAAAUCAUUAUGCGUAAAAUUGCUACAGUUAUCGUUUUCACCAUGUUAUCAUUACUGCCCGGAACACUCGUUUCAGACAGUAUUCGAGGAUUGCAGUGUUUUACUGCGAAACAGCAGCCUUCAAACCAGAUGGAACUCAUACGUAUCAAAACUGGGAAACCAUUAGAGCUGUCUUGCAUUCAUGAUUCGUCAGUCCGAUGGACGCACAAGGACGAGAAUGAUUUAAAUCCCGAUACGGAGUCGGUAAUUUGCGAUGUACAAGAUAAUACCGCAACAUUCGCGAUCGCAAAAAUGAGCCACUUGCAUAUAGGAUCUUACAGCUGUCAAUCCUUCAACAGUAGUGGAAGAUGGGAUACGAUAUUAUCAUUUUACGUUGUCCUGGAUGACGAAACCGAGAGCUCAGACCACCAGCUCACCUGCCUUUGCGAAACAGAGUCUGCUUUGGCCAGGUGGGUAGAACGGGUGACCAUAGUUAUUGCCACCCCGUUUCUGCUGGCUCUAGCAAAAGUAUUGUACGAACGCAUCCAGUCAUUUUGCUCCAAAAAUAAACAGGAAGAGAAAAAUGUAGUCGAAAAUGUAAAACUACAGCCGAAGUCCGAGGAUGAAGAUAAUUCGUUGAAAGACACGUUGGAGUCCGUAAGAGUAAGCGAGGUAAUAUUAUGAUGUCGCUCAUUUGCAAUAAUCAAAUUUUAAUUUUUUUUUUAUUAAAAAUAAUAUUUUUUUUUCACUUUUAAACGUUCUUUAAACUAUAAAAAAUUAAAUUAACUUAAUAUAUUUUAAAAAAAAAAAUUAAUAAUUUUUAAAAAUUAAUUUCAUAGGUACGUAAUCAAAAAAUUUUAAUUUAUUUAUAUUAAGUAAAACUGAAUUUUAAAAAUAGGUAUUUAAUUUAAUAUAAUAAAUUUUAAAUAAGGAAUUGUACCAACAGAUGUAGACCAUCCAACUGUUUUAGGUAAUACCUAUAUGUAUAUAUUGUGAAUUUUAUUAAUCAGUUACCGUAAUAAAUAUUUUUUAAACUUUUAAAA